AUGGAACUUGAAGCUAACAAUAGAGGAAGCAAAUUCUCUUCAUAUGAAAGAGUAGCAGCCAUAAGCUUAGUGGUUCUAGCAGUGGCUUCUCCUCUUUACAUAGAUCACAGAUCAGAGAGUGAGUUGGAAGAUGAUGAACAACCAAUUAGUGUUGCUUUUUGGUUACCUAUGUUGCUUUUUGUAUCGGUUUUAGUCAUAGUUGUAUCAGCUUUUUUGGAUAAGAGCUUCACAAGGUUUGAUCGUAAUUGGAUUCAUAGAGUCGGUGGUUCUUCUGGUGGUAUUGUUUUGAUUCUUAUUGUUCUCUUUCUUGUUUUGAAGUGUAGAGCUUCUAUGUAA